CGGCUAACAAGGUGGGCAUCUCAGGGGGCUGCUAGGAACGGUACCACUGUGAAGAGCGAGAGCAGAAGAAAAAAUCGACUAAAAAGCCCGUCCUGGAGGAGGGGCUGUGGGCUGGAGGGCUUCCGCCCCCCCAGACCCAGUUUAUUGACUCGCUAAUUGGAGGAGACGCUGGGAGAGAGAGGCUGGGAGACGAGGCUGCGGUGACCGCGAGACGAGAGGAGGAGAUGCAGACUGAAGCACAAUGAAGCUGUUGCUCCGCCGCUGCCGAGAGAUGCUCUCAUCCACCUGAAGAGCAGCGGGACAGCAGAAGGUCCACCGCAUCCCGAUGGACGUUUCGCCGUGUGGACGGUACCGGAACCGCUGGGGACAUCGUCUGAAAGACACGCCGUCGACCGGAGAACUCCGCAACCAGAGGCGUCGUGACAAGUGAAGGAUUUUUUCCCGUCCCUCCAUCCUUGGAUUCUAGUUUCACCUGUUUCCUCCCCUCGCGUCUCCAUGGAUGAACCGCGGGUAUUUUUCGGCGCGUCCUCCGCGGUGGGCCAUGUGGGAUCACACUGAGACACAGAGCCAGGGUACAAGACGUUUCAGUGGGAUUUCUCCAGAAGCCAAUGAAGCCCGGUCGCUGCCGGCCAUAGCUAUGCUCCGUUGCCGCGGGUGAUCGCUUCGUUCCUGCGUGCUUCCCGUCUUCUGGCCACGAUGAGCAGCUCCAGUAACCCCCCCAAACGCAACACCUACCUGAUCUCCCUGACGCUGGUCAAGCUCGAGGCUCUGCCAGACGGGGAGCAGGAAGAGGACCAGGACCUGGACCAGGACGUGGACUUGGGCCUGGAGACCCCCCACCCGGGAGCAGACCCCCCAGGUCCGGAGCCGGACCCUGAGGAGGCGAGACCCCCGGGGAGCCUCCAGCUCAGGGAGGCCUGCUUCCGGGCACCGCCUCCCCCGCCGCUCACCGACUCCAUGAGGGCCCUCGAGAGGGGCUUCUUCCCCGAGGGCGGGGUCCGCGGCCGGGAGGGGGCUCGCCCCCGGACCGAGUUCUACCGGGACCCCCCCAGGCUGUUCCUGAAGCGCGAGGACGGGGGCGACCUGAGCAGCAGCCAGUCCCUGCAGCGCUGCAGCGUCUCGCCGGCGGCGCUGUCGCCGCAGGUCGGCCAGCGCCCCCCCGAGGUGCUGAUGCGGUCCCACGCGCCCCCCCCGGCCGAGCCCCUGUCCUGGUGGGAGAAGAGGGAGGCGCGCCAGAGGCUGCUGGCCUCCGUCAAGACCCUGGACCGCCGGGAGCACCGCUACGGGGAGCCGUCGCCGCGGGCGACCACCGCCACGCUGGGGCCGUACCGCGCCUCCUGGGCCGACAGCGACACCAAGGCCACCCUGAUCCGGCCCGGGUACCCGGCGGGCGCGGGGUACCCGGGCCUGGUCGGGCCCAGGGAUCCCCCCUCCGCCGGAGACCCCCGGUUCCAGCCCGUGUCCGGGGUCCUGCCCCCUCCCCCGCCCCCUCCUCCGCCCCCGGCCGCGCCCGGACCCCCCCCUCAGAGGAAGGGCAAGAGCCGCACGCUGGACUACAGCGACCUGAGCGGCCUGGGCGAGGACCCCCGCCGGGGGGGCCCGCGGGCGCCGGCCCGGGACAGGAAGAUGCUCAAGUUCAUCAGCGGCAUCUUCACCAAGAGCACGGGGGCGGGGCCGCCGGUGGCCCCGCCCCCCAGCACCCUGUACCCCCCCGUGGAGCGCUGCUCCAGCGAGGACGAAGCGGCGUGUGCCAGUCAGGACUGGACUUUCAAGCAGACCGUCCAGGAGCUUCACCUGGGGGUUCUCGGAGGGCUCUGCAGUGGAAAGUCUGCCCUGGUUCACAGACACAUGACUGGGAGCUACUUGCCGUCUGAGAACCCUGACGGGCGCCAGUACAUCAAGGAGAUGCUGGUGGACGGCCAGAGUCACCUGCUGGUGAUCAGAGAGGAGACGGGGCCGCCAGAUGCUCAGUUCGCCUGCUGGGUGGACGCGGUGAUCCUGGUGUUCAGCCUGGAGAACGAGGCCAGCUUCCAGGAGGUGUACCGCAACUACCACCAGCUCAGCACGCUCCGGCCCAUCGCCGAGAUCGCCUUCAUCGUGGUGGGCUCUCAGGAUAAGAUCAGCAGCAGCAACCCGCGGGUCAUCGGCGACGCCCGCGCCCGCCAGCUGUGCUCCGACGUGAGGCGCUGCACCUACUACGAGACGUGCGCCACCUACGGCCUGAACAUCAACCGCGUCUUCACCGACGCUGCUCAGAAGAUCAUGGCGGCCAAAAAGCAAGCAGCGCUAUUGGCCUCCUGCAAGUCCCUCCCCAACUCCCCCAGCCACUCAGAGGGCUCCACGCCGGUGUCGGGGGUGUUCCCCGGCCAGGCCAGUAACGGCGGGCAGAGCAGCGACUACUCCUCCUCCCUGCCCUCCACGCCCGUCAUCAGCCACAAGGACCUGUGUGCCCGCCAGGCCCGGGGGGCAGGGCCCGAGGACAGCCCCGCCCCCGCCGCCGCCGCCGCCACCGCCCAGCGCAGCGCCGCCCCGCGGAGACGCACGCCCCGCUUCACGGGCCGGCGGGGCAGCGACUCCAACCGGAGGAGCGCCGACAGCACGGGGGACCUGGGCAGCGGCCGCUCCAUCCCCGUCAAGCAGGGCUUUCUGCUGAAGCGCAGCGGGAACUCGCUGAACAAAGAGUGGAAGAAGAAGUACGUGGCGCUGUCCAACGACGGCAUCCUGUCCUACCACCCCAGCGUCAACGACUACAUGCUGAACGGCCCCGGGAAGGAGAUAGACCUGCUGCGCGUCACUGUGAAGGUGCCGGGGAAGAGACCCCCCCGCGCCGGGCCCCCCUGCGGCCCCCCGCUGGGGGUCAACGGGAGAGCCAAGGAGGGGCCGGACGUCACCCACCCAGACAUGGAGGGCGUGUCCAGCUCAUCGUCCACGCGGGACGCGGCCGGGACGUCCCCGCCGUCGGACAGGAAGAAGCAUCGCAGGAAGAAGAGCCUGAACCAGAAGGGGGACUCGGCUGCCGGCCAAUCAGAUGCCAAGCGAAAAAUGUGGAAGCUAAAAAGCUUUGGCAGCUUAAGAAACAUAAACAAGACAGACGAGGACAACUUUGACUUCCUGGUGGUGUCCAGCGCGGGCCAGACGUGGCACUUCGAGGCGCACGCGGCGGACGAGAGGGAUGCGUGGGUGGCUGCCAUCGAGAGCCAGAUCCUGGCUCGCCUCCAGCUCUGUGAGAGCAGCAAAAACAAGAUCCGCAACAACAGCGGCAGUGAGGCGGAGGCCCUCCAAGCCAUACGCAACGCCCGGGGGAACAGCUUCUGUGUGGACUGCGACGCCCCGAACCCCACCUGGGCCAGCCUGAACCUGGGGGCGCUGAUCUGCAUCGAGUGCUCCGGGAUCCACCGGAACCUGGGCACCCACCUGUCGCGGGUGCGCUCCCUGGACCUGGACGACCUGCCCAGGGAGCUGACCCUGGUGCUGGGCGCCAUCGGGAACCACCUGGCCAACAACAUCUGGGAGGGGCGCACCUUCGGCCGCCACAAGCCGCUGCCCGACGCCUCCCGUGAGGAGCGGGAGUCCUGGGUGCGGGCCAAGUACGAGCAGCGGCUGUUUGUGGCGGCGCUGCCCCCCCCCUCCCCCAGCGAGGGUCCGGGCAUCACCCUGUCCGGCCGCCUCAUCCUGGCCGUGCUGGAGGGCAACCUGCCCCGCCUGCUGCUGCUGCUGGCCCACUGUACCAAGGAGGACAUCAGCGCCCCCCCGGUGUGCCUGGCCCUCAGCUCCUGCUCCCCCCUGCUGGCCCGCCUGCCCGCCUCCCCGCUGCACGCCGCCUGCCAGCAGGCCGACGUGGUCAUGACGCAGCUCAUCAUCUGGUAUGGCUGUGACGUGCACUGCCGGGACCCCCACGGCCACACGGCGCUGCAGUCCGCCCGCCGCGCCGGCAGCCAGGAGUGCGUCGACAUCCUGCUGCUCCACGGCUGCCCCGACGAGCCCGGCCCCCCCCCGGCCAGACCCCCCUGCCCCUCGCUCCCCGCCGCCGCCGCGCCCGGCCUCUCUGUUGCCAUGACACCGAGCCCGCCGGUUGCCACGACGCUCAAGAUCUCUCACAAGAGUAAUGUGACCAGCUACAGGAGAGCCGUUUUAUAA